AUGACCGGCACGAAACCCAGCCUGUUUUUCACACGUGGUGUACAAUCGGCGGAGAAUGACGGACGCCAACAGCGAAGACGCUAUUGGGAUAAGGCUUACGCCCCUAUGAUUGGCGCAGUCAUUGCGCGGGCCCUUUCAGUUCAUUUGGGACCGGUGUCCUGUCCAUCGGACCACAUUGAUUCAACCGGGUCUACAGAUAGUUUCCUCAAAUUCUAUCCACUCACCUUAACUCUUCACACUGUCGAGUCUGGGCGCAAUUCCCUGGAAUUUGCAUCAACGAUUGGAGCACGAAUGUCGGAAGUGGACGGGCUGAAACCACGACCAACAUCCUUUGUUGGAAAACGUCGCCAUCACAGUGGGGUUUCCUUGCAAUCACCCUUAGUUGGCGUUCUUUCAACACCAAGUGCCAAAGAGGGGGACUUUUUGGCGAAAUAUCUGAACUACCAAUCAUCGGUCUUUGAUCGAAGUGCAGCGUUGGCACCUGUCGAUCCGGAGGUUUAUGCCACAUACGAGCAUUUAGCUCAGGGGAUUGCGGAUAUCUUGUUCGCGUUUGAAAUGCAUGUUAUUCUCCACAUUUCCAAAACCACACAUCUGAGUAUCCGGAGUUUUUCAGCAAAAUAA